GGCUGUUCAGCCGGGGGUGCAGGUGGGUGCCCAGGGCUGUGUUGCAGAGCAGGGUCCCUGCUGUGACCCAGGGACUGUGUGGCAGGGCAGGGACUCUGCCUGCUGCCAGGCUCAGCACUCAGCCUGCCCGGGGAGCUGCCCAGGGCGCUGUGGGGAGAUGUGUGGGGGGAAGGAGCUCCCCCGGCAGGGCAGGGGCCUACUGCUGCCGCAGGUUCCGCCUGGGGCAGGGGCCCAGGGCACUUGCAUGGGGACUUUGCAUGAAUGCGUUUUUCAGACCUUGCAGAGUCUGUGCUUUUAGUUUCCUCCUACAUGAAAGUGCAAUUGUGUUUGAAUUAAUCACUCAGAUUACCCGGAUCAUUGCCCUGGGAGAUAAUCAAACCUGCCAGGAAAUGUAUAAAUUCUACAUUCAGACCCGUCUGCCUACUGACAGCACCAGAAUCCCUUUUGAUAGUCACAUCAGGGUGUGUCUGACCUGCUGUAUGGUACUUGCAGACAACGAGAUGCUCCUGAACACUGCCUUGUUGCCAGGAGGGGUCUGCAGGGCACAGCUGAGUGCACAGGGGCUGUGAUGGGGUCUAUGGGUGAUAACAAGAUGGAGAUGUAGAAAGCAGCCACUGCAAGGGACAGCUCCAGGCUGCAGAUACAGGAGCAGAGACAGACAGGGAACUUGUGACAGAAAGGCUUUGCUGUGUAGGUUUGGGCUGCCUCCUGUUGUUCCCUCCACAGCAGAUGCCUUCCUGAAAGAAAGCCUCCUUUCCUUCCCUCCCACCCACCACAGCCUCUGCCUCCCUGGGGCCAGGCCAUGAGCAGCUGCUCUGCAGCCACAGCUCUGCACAGCAGAGGUUCAUCUCUCCUGACAUGGGCUCCUUUUGCUCUGAGAUCCAAGAGGCUACUUGGAGUUACAGCCCUGGGACUGUGCUGCCUGGGAGGUGUGUGAGCAGCUGGGGAAGGAGAAGGCUUCCUGGAAUGCCUCUGGCAACAGCAGUGCAGAUGGGGGUGGUAAGCUCCACUUCUGUCACUUAUUGUGUGCUAGGGGAUGUUUUCUUGGGGUCUUUGUCAACAUCUCUGUUGCACAUCUCAAGCUGUGUGCAGUGCAGUUGUUUCAGACUGAGGAAUAAUCUCCCUCCCUGGAGACAUCAUCUCGAGGCUGCCACUGUGGGGGUGCCCUGGAAAGCUGCCACAAGCCCCAAGAUGGGCAUAGCUCCUUUGUGCCCUUCCUCCAAUCUGAGAGCCUUUGCUCCAGCCUCAUGAAUCUAAGCAGAGUGCAAAGGUAUUUUGCAUUCUAACAAACUAUGUGCUCUCCAUGUUGCAUAGACUAUCUAAGGGAAUAGUUACAUCCUGAAAAUUCAAUUGAAUGCAGACUCUGCACUACCACAACAAAUCUCUAUACAGAAGAUUUGGUCAAUCCUGCCUUCAUGAGCUUCUUUCUCUCCCUUGUCAAGCCUGGGAUCUUGAUGUCUCCGAUUCUGAUGUUAUGGCCCCAUCUCUGAAGAAGGGCAGUGUAGGGUGAGAGGAAUCCCUCCGUCAUUCAUCACAAUGCAGAUGGCCAGUCUGCCAGUUUCACCUCUCGGUCUGACAAGCAGGGAAUAUCCCCACAGAGCUGCUGGAAACAAUGUGAACCAUUCAAUGGGGUAUGCAACUGCAGAAAACGUCCCCCAUCAAAUAGAGGAGAGACUGCUGGAAACCUGCAUGUGUGCACAGGUUUAGAGCAGAGCUGACAGACUCUUCUGAAGGCUUUCCUAACAUACCUUUCUCUCAUUCCCUUAGACAGGCCACCAUUCCGAAAUGGAGCAAAUGCCCAACAACAGCAGCUCCAUCAGCGAGUUCCUCCUCCUGGCAUUCGCAGACACGCAGCAGCUGCAGCUCCUGCUCUUCUGCUUCUUCCUGGCCAUCUACCUGGCUGCCCUCCUGGGCAAUGGCCUCAUCAGCACAGCCGUAGCCUGCGACCACCACCUGCACACCCCCAUGUACCUCUUCCUCCUCAACCUUGCCCUCCUGGACCUGGGCUGCAUCUCCACCACUCUCCCCAAAGCCAUGGCCAAUGCCCUCGGGGACACCACCACCAUCUCCUACUCAGGAUGUGCUGCACAGGCAUUUUUCUUUUUGUUUUUGUUCUCAGCAGAGUAUUCCCUUCUCACCAUCAUGUCCUAUGACCGCUACGUUGCCAUCUGCAAGCCCCUGCACUACGGGACCCUCCUGGACAGCAGAGCUUGUGCCACCAUGGCAGCAGCUGCCUGGGGCACUGGGGUUCUCUUUGCUCUGCUGCACACUACCAGCACAUUUUCACAGCCACUGUGCCAAGGCAAUGCUGUGGACCAGUUUUUCUGUGAAAUCCCCCAGAUCCUCAAGCUCUCCUGCUCAGAAUUAGACUACCUCAGGGAAACUGGAUUUAUCGUGGUUAGUGUUCUAGCCAUAUUUGGGUGCUUUGUUUUCAUUGUUGUGUCCUAUGUACAGAUCUUCAGGGUCGUGCUGAGGAUGCCCUCUGAGCAGGGACGGCACAAAGCCUUCUCCAUGUGCCUCCCUCACCUGGCUGUGGUCUCCCUCUUUGUCAGCACUGACUUUUUUUCCUACCUGAAGCCCCAUUCCUUCUUCUCCCCAUCCCUGAACCUGGUGGUGGCAGUUCUGUACUCGGUGGUGCCUCCAACUCUGAACCCCCUCAUCUACAGCAUGAGGAACCAGGAGCUCAAGGAUGCUGUGAGGAAAAUGGUGUCAUGGACACAUUUCUCCAGGGAUAAAAUUCUCAUUGGUCUCCACAAAUGACUCACAGUCUGUCCCGUAACAGGUCUAUACUAUGUUUUUUAAUGUUUAUAAGAAUUUGUUUGUAUUCAAAGGUAUAUUUUUCUUGGCUGUUCAUAUACAUCUGUGUGAAAUUAUCAUUAGUGGUUAUCAUGGUCCUAAGCGUGUUUGCAUGCCUUCCAGUCCUACCGAGGCAUCUUCCUGCAUUCUUUCUCCUGGAGCCCAGGUGAAUUCUGGGUCAAUGCUGACUCUCUUGCAGCCUCUGUGUUCUAUCUCUGUGCCUGCAUGCAAGUGAAACGCCAGCAGGCACCGUGGAGGUGAUACAGGCUGGAUUAGCAAAAGGGAUCCACGUAUUAGCCUAAGGAUCAAUAGAUUAGUUGAGCAAAAGGAAUCCACGUGUGCUCUUCCUUAAACUUCCCACUUUUGCUUUGCUUGGUGUGUGAACAGCCUUGUAUUUCUCAGUGAUCCUGCUUCACAAUGGGAUAUGAUAUUGUUGUAAUUAUUCCCUAAAAAAAUGUUGACUUGUCUUUGUCACAAACUGAAAAUAGAAGGCAUCUUCAGUGCUUCUCCUUCAGACUUUUUCCGUACAUUAAUCUAAAUUCUGUAAAUAAUAUUUGGCCAGAAUGAUCACGAGGAAGCUUUGACAGUGCAUUCGUUCCAUCGACUGGUAUAAAAAAUCUCCCUGGACGUUUGAAAGGCCUUUGGCAGGGUCCCACAUCACAUCCUUAUAUCUAUGGAAAUAUAUGAGAGAUGGAUUGGAAGGGUGGACUAUGCAUUGGAUAAGAAAGUGCUUGGAAGAUCGCAGCCAAAGGACUGCGGUCAAUGGCUCUCUGGUAAAUCGUCUCCACCAGGUGGAGGCCGAUCACAAGUGGUGUGCCCAGGGGUCAACGCCGGGACCAGAGCUCUUCAGUGUCUUUAUCAGUGGAGUGGAUGAUGAGAUAGAGGGCACCCUCAGCAAAGUUGCUGGUAACACCAAGCUGAGUGCCUCAGUUGACACAACAGAAUUAAGGGGAGCCAUCCACAGAGACCUGGACAGGCUUGAAAAUUGGGCCCAAAGAAACAACAGGAGGUUCAACAAGGUAGGUCAAGUGCAAGGUUUUGCACCUGUGUCAGGACAAUCCCCGAUAUGAGCACAGACUGGGAGAAGAACUGCUGGAGAGCAGCCCUGCGGGGAAGGACUACCUGGGGUCCUGGUAGAUGAAAAUCUUUGCAGGAGCCAGCAGGGAGCGCUUGCAGCCUUGGAGGCCAACUGUGCCCUGGGCUGCAUCAACAGAGAGGUGGCCAUCAGAGCAAGGGAGGGGAUUGUCCUUCUCUACUCAGCCCUCAGAAGGCCCCACGUGGAGUCUUGUGUCCAAGCGUGGGACCCCCCAGCACCAGAAAGACGUAGAGCUUUAGGAGCAGGUCCAGAGGCAAGCCACAAGGGUGAUCAGAGGGCUGGAGCACCUCUCCUAGGAAGACAGGCUGAGGGAGCUGGGCUUGUCCUGCCUGGAGAAGAGAAGGCUCCGAGAACACAUUGCAGCCUGCCAGUACUUAAAUGGAGCUUAGAAACAAGAAGGGGUUGGAAGGGACCUCAAGAGAUCACUAUGUCCAACCCCCGUGCUAAAUCAAGUACCCUACAAUAGGUCACACAGGAAGAUGUCCAGUCUUGAAUAUCUCCAUAGGAGGAGAUUUCACAAUCUCUCUUCUUGAUCUGAAUGCAGGACUCUAGGUGGGGUCUCACAAGAGUGGAACAAAGCGGGAGAAUCGCCUCCCUUGCCCUACUAGCUACGUUUCAUUGGAUGCAGCCCAGGAUAUGGUUGGGUUUCUGGGCUGCCUGUGCACACUGCCCAUUUGUGUUGAGUUUUUCAUCACAUGGUACUGUAAGUGUUUCUCCUCCGGACUGCUCUACGAGCAUUCUCCACUCUGCUUGCAUUUGCAUUUGGGAUUGCCCUGACACGCGUAAAUCUCCUUGCACAAGGCCUUGUUGAUCUUCAUGAGGUUAGCACAGACCCACCUCUGUAGCUUGUCCAGGUCCCUCUGGAUGGCAUCCCUUCUUUUUACUGUGUUGACCUCAUCACAGAAAGUGGUGUCACCCACAAACUUGCUGAAGGUGCACUCAACAGCAUGAUCCAAGUCAGCGACAGAGAAGCUAAAUUGCACCAGUCCCACUUUCAGACCCCUGAGGAGUACCACUUGUCUCCACACGGACACGGAGCUGUUGACCACAACUCUGGCUGCGACCAUCCGGCCAGUUCCGUAUACAGUGCGUGGUGCAUCCAUCCGUUCAUGCCCCGACCAUUCAGGGAGAAGAGUGUCAUACAGGACAGACUCUGAUGUCUUCCACCAGUCCAGGUAGAUGCAAAGUGCAGUCAUCUCACAAUCUACAGGUAGAUGCAAAGUGCAGUCAUCUCAGAAUCUACACUCCAGGCAGGGUACCAACCCCUCAGCCUUCUUUUGGCCUACCAGCAGACCACACUGAUGAAAUCUCACCAUGACCUUUCAAGACACAUGCCUGAUGCUGACCUUGCAGGUAGACACAUCCAAGUUACAUGCCCAUCAUGUGCUAAUGUGCAAGGGAUGUGAAAAGCCAUACCCAAGGCCUCUUCCUGAAUGCAGGCAAUCAGCUUCUCAGGCAGAAGGGAUCCCUCAGUCAGCCUGCCCAGCAGGUGCCCUCUGCUGGCUUGCCAGAGACAUGAGAAUGACCCUUAGUUGCGUUCCUAAAGGUACAGACCUCAGCCCUGACUGAAAGGCUGUCCUAUUGGCUAUUACAGAAAGAAUGUCUUCUAAGACCCAUUGCCAGCCAUGCUCCUGCUGUUGGUCUGUCAACUCCAGAGACAGAAGUAACAUCUCAAACAUCAUCUCAGACACAUGUUUGCUACAAGAUGAUUUCUGUUUGCACAAGUGACCUCACAGCAAUGCACCUCCCCAUCCCACUCCUUUUGGCCCAGGCCCGAUCAGAUAAAGGUAAGCUUUUGAAAUGAAAUUUAUCAAAGAACGUUCAACCAAUGGUUCAAGUCCUGCUUGACCAACCUAGUGGCUUUCUAUGAUGGUAUCACUGCAUCAGCGGACAAAGGAUGAGUCACCAAUGCCAUCUAUCUGGACUUCAGGAAGUCCUGUGGCAUGGCACCUCAUAACAUCCUUCUCUCCAAACUGGAUAGUGAUGGAUUGGAUGGGCGUACUGUUUGAUGGACGAAGAACUGGCUGCAGGACUGAAGGCACAGAGUAGUGGUCAAUGGCUCAAUGUCUGGAUGGAAAUUGGAGCCUCACGGAUCAGUGCAGGGACCAAUACUCCUUAAGAUCUUCCUCAGUGACAUCCACAGUGAGAUUGAGUGCACCCAAAUCAAGUUUGUGGAUGGCACCAAGCUGUGUGGUGUUGUCGUGGUUUGAUGAUUGUUGUUAUCGGUAUUCCACAUCAUCCUGUUAUGCAGUGCACUGGGUCCUUCCAGCUUGUGCAAAGUGCAAACGUCUCCAUGGAACUGUUUUUGCUCAGGGACCUGGGUCCACUUGGUGAGUGAUGCAGAAAAAUGGGGAUUUUCCAUGUGUACCACAAGGGAAGUUGAUGCUGGGGCGUGCAGUCAUUAAUUUCAUGUAUAUGUAUGUGUGUGGGUUUAAUGUAUGUUAAUUAUUGUUUAUAUAUAUGUAUUAAGCAUGAGGUAGUGAUGUGGAAUAAGGGGUGGAAUGUCAUGGUUUGAUGACUUUUGUUAUCGGCAUUCCACAUAAUCCCACCAUGCAGUGCACCGGCAGUCUCAGAAGAGAAGCAAUGUACUACAGCUCCCAGAAAACUUUGCCGUUCCGUCUCCAUUUUCCGGUAGUGGGAAAGAUAAAAGUGACUGGAAGUCAUGAGACUUUCUCUUUGGGCUCCCUGGCAAAUCAGAGAACCUUGGUUUUCAGAAACUCUCUCAUUUAUUUGGUUUAUGAGCUUCAAU